UGCUCCGAUAUAAUAUUUUCAACUCCGCUUCGCAACAAUCAUUCCUACCACAGCAACAUCUCAGGGGCUAGAGUCACUACUAUUGGCUCAAACAUCCGAUGGAGGGGCUGUUGCUACGGUGGGGAUGUUUGUCGCGAGUCGGAGUUGGCAAUUUUGCUCCGAUGCAGAGUUGUCAGAAAUCGACCGCUGCAACGUCACUCACACAAGAGGAGUCAUGUAGGGGAGUUACGUUCGCGUGCACUUAGAGCCACGCUGAUUGGUUCUUGUUCAAUGUGCGUGUACUCCCUACUACCGUUGCUUGAUGCUGCGGCGGCCAAUUUUUGACAAGUUUGCUCCAAUGUCUCGUAUGGCAGCCGAGGAACGGCGCCGGUGUCAGUACGGAAAAUCAUGACUCUCACACAAGACAAUCGAUAGUUUAAUCCUCGAGUCGUUAAUUCAAUGAGGAAAAUGAGGAAUCUGCUCCGCGUUAGUGCGGUCAGUUCCUGGCUUGCCACGAGGUUGUUGUUUCUGUAAUAUUUUAGCGCGAUGACUCCCGCUAACUGUAUAUCGUACCUGCUUUCUGCUCAAAAUGUUUGCGCGUAAAGCAGCAAUGAGCUCUGUUGGGCUGUUGAUCUAAAAGGGUUCAGCUAUGGCUGAAGGUGGAACGGAGCCAAAGUCUAUUGACGGUCAGAUUUCGAGGGGUCAGUUAGAGAUAAACGAAUGCCUCGGUAAUUGGUUGACGUACUUACAGACACUUAAUGGCCUAUGUACAGCUGGUACUAAACUGGCCCAAUCCCUGCAAGCACUUCUCUCCGUGCAUGACACGGUGGCGCAAUGCCGUCUGACAGGCCAAUGUUUGGCUGGAUGGGAAGAAUUGGCGAGAGCAACGCACAUAGCCAGCAGCACCGUUAAAAAUCACGUUAUUACUGCUCUGAGAGAUCAUGAGUCUCGUGACAAUGACGGGGAUAAGCAUGAUAUUCUCAGAGAAAAUCUCUUGACAUUUAUAAAUUUACAAUAUCAGUUCUGCGUCGCUUGUUGCGAGUGCUUGGGUGGCAUGGCGGAGUGCUCUUGCUCUCAAAGUGGUAGCGGCGAUUGCGACAUCGCAGCGCUUCAGCAAUGCUUUGAGCGUCUUUACAGCUCGCCGGUACCGCCACUUUCCUCCUCGUCCAUCCAGCAAUCCGCGCAGAACUGUCGAAGGUCUCCCCUGCCAUAUUCGUUAUUCCCUCUGCAGGUUCAGAGGAGAUGGUCGGAAACGGCGGCGGCGGAAAUGUCGGGCGAGUCCGCCGAGAGUACGAUGCGACGGUGGUCGAUGCCUUGGGAUUGCAAGCAUGUUAUAGAGUGGCCACGCCAGGACGCGAGGUCGCGAUUAAGGGUGCCCCAGCAGGAUCGCAGUAGAUCAACCACGCCCGACUCGGUGUGGAAGACGUCGAUGGCUAGUCAGGACGGUCUUCAGGAAGCCAUUCAGCUGUUGUCUUGCAAGCCAGGAGUUCGGCCGUCCAAUCAACUCUCGGCUUACACUAGUCAACAUAUCCCGGGCGUCACUUUGACGACCUGCAAUUUCGACUCGAAUUACGACUCUGCCAUUUGGUCGGGAUCGCGUAGGAUAGGUUCGCCUAGGUGCUGGCCCCAGGACUCCAGCGAUCAUUCUGAUCAAUCCGGUCAUCGUGAUAGCGAUCACAGCGUUCACAGCGAGCACAGGGACUCGGGUAAGGUUUCUCACGUCGUCAUUUAUCACAAUGAUAAAACUGUUAUGUCGGUGAGUGAUCGCGAAGGGAUUGACACUGUCGUAAUGUUGCUGCAGAACAGAGCGGUGCCAGCGGCAGUCAUGGCGAUAGCAAGGACAGCAUUCACUCCCAUUGCGAUCAUAGAGAAACCGAAACCGGUACAGCGGACACACUGCCGUCUCGCAAGAGCAGCUCGUCGACCGACUCCUGCGUCUCGGCGCACAGCCGAUCGGGUUCGGAAAGCGCGGGUGGCGGGGAGUGCACGAGAUCGCAAUUGUACUCGAUGUGGAGCGGCGGCGAUCUAUCCUUCAUCAAGUUGCCGGAGAGCAACGAGAUACAAGAUGAACAUCCACCCACUUAAAUAUCCGACACUUUUACUUCAUAUCCAAAAUGUAUUCGGAAAAAAACUCUAUUUUUGGAUUACUGAACCAUGGAACUUCUAAGAAAUAUUUUUAGAAAAGUACUGUGUAUUAUAAAAGAUGUGAUAUGCGAACUAUUUGAAUUGAAUCAAAUAAGAUUUGAUUCAGAUUUCAAUCUGUGUGAUUAAAAUCUGAAUUAUUCAAAAAUUUUGAAUACGAAUCACAUAUAAUGACUAUCUUAUAAAAUCAUAUUGAAAGUGACUUUAUAUCAUAUAAUCGAUAUUACAUUCCUUAUACAAAAAUUCUUUUUAUUAUUUGUAUAUUAAAAUUUAAUCUAACAGCGAUUAUAUUGUUAAUUAAAAGUUAUGUUUCAACGAUUACAUUCGAUUUAAUCCGACUUGAUUACUUCGGAUAAAAUUUGGUUGACUCGAUUUGAAUUUGAACAAAGAAAUAAAAUGAUUGAUUUGAUUUGAUUCAGCAUCAGAAAAUCUUGAUUCACAUAUCUCUACGAUGCAUAUUGACAAAAUUAAAUAAUUUUUAAGAAAUAAAAUAUUUUGUAUAAAAAUAAUUUUUUUUGUUGUUAUACAACUGUGACGUUUUCACAGAAGGAAUCUUCUUCUAUUGUGUGAUAUUCGAAGAGGUUUUCUAUAUUUUGUUUUGUGAUUUAAAUGGUUCAGUGAUCCAAGAAAUAAAUCGUCGCCAUGAUAAGACUUGUUGACCUGUGAAUUCACUUAGAAGAUGCGAUGAAUUUCAUUUGUGAUGUAUACAUGUUUGAUAUAUUUGUGACGGCGCGAGUUAGUACGUGCAUUGAGUGUGCAACUAACGAUAGAAAAAAAUAUAUAAAAAAAACGUUAUACAGGUUGCCCACCUCGUAAUGUUUAUGGUAUACUUAAAAUCGUGCGCGAUGGAAUUCGCAGAGCAUUCGACACUAAAACUAUCGGUUAAUUUCUACUGUUUAAUUAAAUAUAUUGUGUACAUAUAUAAUUGUGGAAAAAGGGAGAAAAUAAAAUUGAUCGAUUCAAUUAUUUACAUAUUGAAAAUUGCGGAAAAUAUCAGAAGAUGUACAAAUGUUAUAAUUUGAGUGAUUUCUUUUCUUUGAAAUCACAAACUGGUCAUUUGGACCACUUUGGUAAUUUUAAUAAAAUUAAAAGCACCUGUCAAAUUUAAAGAAUUUUUAUUAAACCGUUAAAUAAUACGAGGUGUAGCUCCAUUUCUACGUUAAAAAAAAUGGACGUUCUGUAUGUUGUUAAAAUUCGUAUAUACAGAUGUACGCAUGAUCCAACUGAGGAGUAUCGUUUCGCUCAUUUACGAAGAUUAUUCUUCGUUCCCUCAAAUUCCCAGCUCGAGUUAUACCAAAGUGCACGCGCAUGUGACCGUUAUUCCCGUGCUCCGUCGCACUGGAUAGCGCGAAUCUUGAGAGUGUCUUCGUGCACGCAUCUCAUUAAAUAUCCUUACUGAAUCGAUCCCGAAGCAUAUCACAUUCCACUCAAAGAGACGCUCACAAUGAGAGAAAAAACAAAAAAAAACAUGAUCGAAAUUAACAUUGCAAUGUAUUACCAUCAUUGAUAGAUAACAAUAAAGUAAAUUGAACAUAUGUGUAUAAAAUACGUGUAAAUUGCGUAAAAUCAUAUUAAAUACCGUUGAAAAUAAGAAAAGUAUCACUAACAAUAUAAAAUUAAAAAUAUAUCAAACAUUGUCCGAUCGUAAAACGCCACAGAUAAAAUUUGCAAAAUGUAUUUGAGGAAAUACUAAAGUAUCUUAUUAAAAAAAUGAUCAGGAUUCCUCAGGUUAUUCUUAAUUUUAUUCUUAAUUUUAAACCUUCUGAAAGCCUUUUUAAACCUUUUUAAAACUUAAAAUUAUCAAUACUUUUGAAAUCCAAUCUGCUUCUUUUUUAUGCAAUACUCGAAUAAAUUAAUUAAAUAAUAAUGCAUUGUAAUAUUAGUUGAUAUUGUUUUUUCUCUCUGUGAGAUGUCGCGUCUUACGUCGUCCUAAUCGCGCUGCUGCGUGUACAUUAAAACUGCCCUGGAGAUACGCAGUGCUCUACCGCUCGUAAAUUUUCGAACACUUCAUACAUGUCCGAUAUUACAUAAAUAGAAUUCGAUACAUCUGCGUAUUACAUAAAUAAAAGUCAAAUAAAA